AUGAGAUUCGUAAGAAGUUUAUCAAAGGUGGCAUAUGAAUCCAAACCAAAGUCAAGAUUCAAUAAUGUUACUUCAGCCUUCAACUUCAGACCAAAACCAACCCAAGGAAUAAUAUAUCAACCACCUUCAACUUUACCAUCAGUUUAUCAAACGCCCAAAAGUUUUUUACCUCCAAAUGAUCCUCGUAGAGAAUUACCUUACCACAAAGAAUAUACUGCUGAAGAAUUAGAAGAUAUGCCAAUAAUUCAUCAAACCACCAAGAAUUAUAACGUUGACGACAAAACCGCCAUGGAAAUCAUCAAAUUAAGAAGUGAAGACCCUAAAGAAUGGACUGUUAAUAAGUUAGUAAAGAAGUUUGACGUUGAUGCUAACUUCAUCAUCGCUAUCAACAAAGCUUUUAAAGACAAACCACAAUUGAAAAAGUACAACAAACGUCAACUGGAACAAUUAAAGAGAGUACAAAUGUGGUUAAGAAAUGAAUUUUAG